UGCGCCCCUCACCAAACCAUCGGCAGCACAGAUCUCUCCCGCCACCCAUCAUGUCAGCAUCGCCGUCAGUGGCUGAGCGCGAGUGGGGAGCGGCCUUGAAGGACACGUCAUACGGCAAGCAGGAGUUCGUGCAGACGCUCAAGCUGCCCCGCCGCAUCCCCGACCGGCCUUAUCGGCAGCUGAGUUGGAUGAAGAAGCACUAUACCCAGACGGGCAACGAGAAGGCAUGGGUCAACGACCAUGUCGACCAGAUCACUGCAGAGCCGGAGGAGCUGACCGCCAAGAUGGAGGCAUUCGCGGACUUCUUCAGCUUCACGCCUACGCAGGUGUUCAAGCUCAUCAAGAGGUGGCCGCUGAUCAUCAACAGGGACUAUCAGUCGAUGGCGCAGCAAAUGCAGUCGUUGGGCUUCAGCAAGGACGACGUGAGCAAGCUGGUGUCGGCCGAGCCUUUCAUUCUCAAGGCGCCCGUCGAGAAGAACGUGCAGCGGCUGGAGGAGCUCUUCUCCUUUGACAGGAAGGAGGUGCUCGAGCUCUACCGGAGGUGCCCCUCUCUGCUGAAGAUCGGCCGGCCAGACGUCAAGGCCAAGAACCUCUGGCUAUUCGGAUUCGAAUACGACCAAAUCAAAGAGAUGGUCAAGAGGUACGUAAAUAUUGCCAUCGUGUACAUGCUCACGAGUCCUAUGGCGUGUGGCUGCGUGUGUGGCGUCGUGUGAUGUGUUGCCGGCCAUCCCUUUAUUCUAGGUGGCCCCGUCUGUUGACACAAUCAGUGGACAGGUGCUACCGGCCCAAGAUGCACCUGUACGAGAAGCAGAUCAAGGGCGACCUGUCGGACAUCAUCGCCUUCCCCCAGUACUUCUCCUACGGCCUGCGCUCCAUCCUCAUGCCGCGCAUCGACGCACUGACGCGCGUCGGCGUCGCCCUCCCGCCGGUGAAGCAGCUGUGCCUGCUGAGCGAUGACGUCUGGUGCGAGGCCUUCAGCGUGCCCAAGGAGUACCUGCUCGAGGCCAGACUGGAGAAUAUGUACAAGCCAGCACCGGCAGAGAACAUCUAGUCUAGAUGGACACGACGGACGAAC